AUGUAUGAGGGGGAGACUUCUGCAGCUGGAGGCGGUGGCGGUGACCCCCCCAAGCCCGAGGAGCAACUGUCCCCUGAGGACGAGAUCAAGGCUUGGCUCCGCUACCUCCUGGCACAGAAUUUCGGAAAGAUGCCGCUGGACGACAUCGGAAUGGCCGUCUACGAGGGGGGGGUCGCGGAGGGGUACCGCCAGUACCUGGAGAAGGUCAAGAACAACAGGCUCGUCGUGAAGCCCCGGACAUGGGCCAGCGAUCCCAAGAGCCAGGCUUACAAGGACCGCGAAGCCGCUUUCCAAAACAACAUGCUCCUCAAGCUGCGCAACACGCCCAUCCAGCCCUACAAGGACAGUGAGCGGCCAGCAUCCUUCUUUGCUGGUGUUGGUAAGGGGCUAGCGAGGCACUCGUCCUCUUGCCUCUUGCGCGUCCCCUUGACCAGCCCAGCGGCGCCUCAUGCUUUCAAGUUCCAGCUGCGUUCGCUCGCGAUCAGCAGGGGCUGGAAAACUCGCUUGCGCCACUUGCGCAGCUUGCAAGCAGCAAAGUCCCGUGUGAAGCCGCCUGUGCAGCCCCUGAUUGUUUCAAGCGUAACUGUGCAGGGAUAUGGAGCCAGCCCCUUCGAGGACAUCCUGCCAGGGGAGAUGCCUCCAAUGGGCAUUGGUCCGCCAGUGAGUUCGGAGGUAGCUAGAGAGUCAUCGGUUGAGCGCGUAGGCAUGGGCGUAUGA